AUGGCAACGACAGCUCUGACCGGGUUCUCCAUGAUGAGCCUGUUCAGCCUCGGGUACCUGACCUGGGACCUGAUGAGUCCUAACCAGGUGGAAAACGAGCCCGAUCAAACUUUCGUCGACAGUUCUCCUGUCCUGCAGCCUCCUCACAUCAUUUUCAUCAUGACGGACGAUCAGGGAUUCAACGACAUCGGCUAUCACAGCUCUGACAUCAAGACACCGGUGCUGGAUAAACUGGCUGCGGAUGGAGUGAAGCUGGAGAAUUAUUACAUCCAGCCAAUCUGCACCCCGUCCCGCAGUCAACUCAUCACCGGCAGGUACCAAAUUCACACUGGCCUGCAGCACUCCAUUAUUCGGCCCCGCCAGCCCAACUGCCUGCCCUUUGACCAGGUCACCCUCCCCCAGAGACUGCAGGAGCUCGGCUACUCCACCCACAUGGUCGGCAAGUGGCACCUGGGCUUCUACAAGAAGGAAUGCCUGCCCACUCGCCGUGGCUUUGACACAUACUUUGGCUCAUUAACGGGCAGUGUGAACUACUACACUUACGACUCCUGUGACGGCCCCGGGCGGUGUGGCUUCGACCUCCAUGAAGGGGAGUCGGUCGCCUGGGGUCAGAGGGGCAAAUACUCCACGCAUCUCUACACACAGAGAGUUCGCAAAAUCCUGGCAACCCAUGAUCCUCAGUCCCAGCCGCUGUUCAUCUUUCUCUCCUUUCAAGCUGUUCAUACACCCCUGCAGUCUCCGCGGGAGUACAUCUACCCGUACCGCGGGCUGGAAAACGUGGCGCGGAGGAAAUAUGCUGCUAUGGUCUCAGCUGUAGACGAGGCAGUACAUAAUAUAACAUACGCUCUCCGCAAGUAUGGUUACUACCAGAACAGUGUCCUCAUCUUCUCUACUGACAACGGUGGCCAGCCUUUGUCUGGCGGCAGUAACUGGCCGCUCAGAGGACGUAAAGGCACCUACUGGGAAGGCGGCGUCCGGGGUCUGGGGUUCGUCCACAGCCCUCUGUUGAGGAAGAAAAGGAGGGUGAGUAAAGCCCUGGUGCACAUCACUGACUGGUACCCCACAUUGGUGGGAUUAGCAGGUGGCAAUGAGUCCCUGACGGAGGGGGUGGAUGGGUAUGAUGUUUGGGAAGCCAUCAGUGGGGGGAAGGAGUCACCCAGGUUAGAGAUCCUCCACAAUAUUGACCCUCUGUACAACCAUGCCCGCAGUGGUUCACUGCAGAAAGGAUAUGGGAUUUGGAAUACAGCCGUGCAGGCCUCCAUACGAGCUGGAGACUGGAAACUCCUAACAGGAGAUCCCGGCUACGGAGACUGGACACCGCCACAGGUGCUUCCAGGUUUCCCCGUCAGCUGGUGGAACCUGGAGCGCCACACUGAACCCCGGAAAUCUGUGUGGCUUUUCAACAUCUCCGGAGACCCCUACGAACGCUUUGACCUUUCGGAGCAGAGACCAGAUGUUGUCAAAGAGCUGCUGGCUAGAUUGGUGUACUACAAUCGCACUGCGGUGCCAGUAAGGUACCCAUCAGAGGACCUACGGGCUGACCCCCACCUUAAUGGUGGUGCAUGGGUUCCCUGGGUAGGAGAUGAGGAGGAGGACAGCUGGGAUACUGUUUACCAGAAAAAGAACAAGGAUUGGCAGAAGAAGCUGAAACUGUCCAAAAGCAGAUCGUUUUUCAGGAGACUCCACACUAGGAUGAUGUCCGACAGGAUAUAG